UACCCUCCUCAGCCUCAGCAAGGUGGCUACCCCGGACAGCAGCCCGGAGGUCCUCAGGGCGGCUACGGUGCCCCUCCUUCGCAGCCCGCCGGCCCUGCUGAAAUCCAGGCAUACAAGCAGUCGCUCCAGCAAACUAUCCAGGAAAAGGGUCUCCAGGCUUUCUAUCCCCCUAACUCGCCCAUGCUCGACCAGAUCGCCAACAAGGCAUCCAUGCAAGUCGACCGCCUGUGUCAGCAGUGGCGUAUCAACAAGGAGAUCGGCAACGACAUUGUCAAGCUGGCCUUGUACGAUGUUGUCCUCUACAUUGACGACAGUGGCUCAAUGAAGUUUGAGGAGAACGGCGAGCGCAUCAAGGAUCUUCAGCUUAUCCUUGAGCGUGUCGCAACCGCUGCUACUCUCUUCGAUGACGAUGGCAUCUCUGUUCGCUUCAUGAACGACAACCCUCCCCAGCACAUGGUCGAGCACAUUAAGACUGAGCAACAGAUCUCUCAACUCGUGUCUGGCCACAAGUUCAGCGGUCUUACCCCUAUGGGUACCGAACUCCGCAAGAAGGUUGUUGAUGGUAUUAUUACACCCGCCAUCCGUAGCAGACAGAUGCGCAAGCCCAUUUUGGUUAUUACCAUCACGGAUGGCCAGCCCGCAGGAGAGCCUACUACUGCCGUCUUCGACACUGUUCGCUAUGCCGUCCAGGAGGCUAGCAACUCGCAAUACGGCCGUGGAGCUGUCGCCUUCCAGUUUGCCCAGGUUGGAAACGACGAGAAGGCUCGCGAGUUCCUUGGCAAGCUCGAUGACGACCCCGUCGUUGGACAGAUGGUCGACUGUACUUCCAACUUCGAGAACGAGUCGGCCGAGAUGGCACGCGCUAACCCCCCUGUCGAUCUCACUCCCGAUCUUUGGAUUCUCAAGCUGAUUCUCGGCGCAAUCGACCCCUCGUACGACACCAAGGACGAAAAGUCGAACCGCCCUCAGGGUGGACCUCCUGGAUACGGCGCUCCUCCUCCUCAGCAAGGUGGCUACGGUGGUCAAGGACAAUACCCUCCUCCUCCAGGCGCUCCUCAAGGCUAUGGCCAGCAACAAGGCGGUUACGGUCAACAGCAGGGCUACCCUCCUCAGCAGCAGGGUGGAUACGGAGCUCCACCUCAGCAACAGGGUGGCUACCCUCCUCAGCAAGGCGGCUAUGGCCAGCAGCAAGGCUAUGGAGCCCCUCCCCCGCCUCCUCGCUACUAA